UUCAGCAACCCCGUGUUGAAUUGAAGACGGGGCACCACUGCUCCUCUCGCCCUCCCCUGCUACACUUCCCGUUUCCCUGGGAGGCGGAGGAGGAGGGGAGAGACACACGCACGCCGACGCCGUCGCCCACCACCCCCUGCCGCCGCGCCGCGCGGCCAUGGGGCUCCACGCGAUCCUCCUCCUCCUCCUCCUCCGGAUCUCCGCCUCCGCAGCCGCCUCCAGGCCGCCGCUCGACACCCUCGGCAUCCCGCCGCAAGACGAGGCGUACUUCAGGGGCGGCGUGAUCAGGUGCAGGGACGGAUCGGGGAGGUUCGCCAGGGACAAGCUCAACGACGACUUCUGCGACUGCCCCGACGGCACCGACGAGCCAGGGACAUCGGCGUGCCCGGAGGGGAAGUUCUACUGCCAGAAUGCUGGGCAUUCUCCCAUCACGAUCUUCUCGUCGCGAGUGAAUGAUGGUAUCUGUGAUUGCUGCGACGGGAGUGAUGAGUAUGAUAGCAAUGUCACUUGCAAGAAUACGUGCUGGGAGGCUGGUAAAGCGGCAAGGGAUAAAUUGAAGAAAAAAGUAGCUACAUAUAAAAGCGGAGUUGUUAUUCGAAAUCAGGAAAUUCAAAAGGCAAAAGUGGCAUUUGCUAAAGACGAGGCAGAGCUAGCGAAACUGAAGGGUGAAGAGAAAAUACUACAAGGCCUUGUUGACAAGCUCACAGAACAAAAGAAAUUGAUAGAGAAGGCAGAGGAAGAGGAACGCUUAAGAAAAGAAAAGGAAGAAAAGAGGAUGAAGGAAGAAGCCGAAAAGCAAGCUGCUGAUGAAAAGAAAGCGUCAGAUGCCUCUCAGGAGGUAGAUUCUCAGGAAAAUCAUGAAACUGUGCAAGAAGAUGAGAGCAAGGUAGCUGAACAUCAUGAUGGACAUGCCACGAGCCAUGACAAUCACACACCAGAAAGCGAGUCAUCUGUUGAGCAGCAUGAUCCUGAAAGCCAAGAUGACAUUAGCAUAAAAGCCGCACCUGCUGAUGAAUCACCACCAGAGGAGACAUCUGCAGCACCUACUAAAGAGCAGGAAUCCACUCCUGCUGACUCAGAAGGUUUAUCAAGAGAGGAGUUAGGUCGUCUGGUAGCUUCCAGAUGGACUGGAGAAAAGGUUGAUGAGGUCAGUAAAGAUGAUAAAAAUGAGCAUGAAGCUGAGCAUGAUAUGCCAGAACAUUCAGAAGAAACACAUGAAGAUGAAUCAGAUGUACCAGAAUCUGCUGAAGACAGCUAUGCUGGUUACCAUUCAGAAGUUGAGGAUGACAGACAUAAAUAUGAUGAUGAAGACUUCUCACAUGAAUCAGAUGAUGAAUAUGUCGAUGAUCAUGAUGAGCAUGUUGCGUCAUACAAGUCUGAUGAUGAUCAGAAAGGUGAUGACCAUUCAGAUUUCACUGCCUCUGGGCAAGCAUCAUGGCUGGAUAAAAUUCAGCAAACUGUACAGAAUGUUUUACGAACAUUCAACUUUUUCAAGACCCCUGUGGAUUUAUCUGAGGCUUCUCGUGUUCGGAAGGAGUAUGAUGAUGCAAGCUCAAAGCUGUCCAAGAUUCAGUCUAGGAUAUCCACUCUGACAGAUAAGCUAAAACACGACUUUGGUAAGGAGAAGGAGUUCUAUUACUUUUAUGAUCAGUGCUUUGAGAGCAAGGAGGGCAAGUAUGUUUACAAGGUAUGUCCAUUCAAGAAAGCUUCGCAGGUUGAAGGACAUAGUACCACCAGCCUGGGGCGCUGGGACAAAUUUGAAGAAUCCUACAGAGUAAUGCAAUUUUCAAAUGGAGACAGAUGCUGGAAUGGCCCUGACCGAAGUCUAAAGGUUAGGCUUCGAUGCGGGCUGAACAAUGAACUUAAUGGUGUCGAUGAGCCUAGUAGAUGCGAGUAUGUUGAUUUCUCUACAUACACCUUCCACCUUUUCCUGAAAAUGCACAUUACUCUUUAACUUACAUGCCUACUUCAUGUGACAGGUUGAAGCUUACGGAAUUGUGCUAAUGUAACAGGAAUUGGAACAGAAGCUCAAGGCAUCUUCGAACCAGCGUGACCAUGAUGAACUCUAAAUUAUGGGGUGAGACAAUAAUGAACUUGCUACAAGGAAAACAACUCUCACCAUACAGCCAUACUCACAAGAGAGGUUUAACAGGUUUAUUAUAUGAAUAGAAUAGCAUAUGAAACUGGAAUUCUUGGAGUUCAGCACUCGGAUUGCCACCGAAGCAGCAUUAGUUUGGCAAGAAAAAUUUUUGAACAAAAGCUGUAGGAUAUCGCGAAAUUCCUCACCCUGAUUUGUCGGUAGAUUUUCUUUUACCACUCUUCCCUGUAAACGUAUUUGCUCAAUUUUUCUAUGCCACCCCAAAGAUGCUAGACUGUUGUUUGUAACAAUCUGAGUGUUUCUGAGUUAUGAAUAGUAUAUUUAUGAACUACAUCCUGGAUAUUCAUCACUCUGGAUGUAGCAUCUGCCGGCUGCUGUUUCUGAUCAAA